CGGAUGUGACAUUUUUCAGACGCGCAGAACAUAGUGAUAAGAACAGUUGCGAUUGAAAAAAUGAUAUUUUUUCCCCGGUUUCGCACGAUAAUCGUUAUGCCAAAGUGAAUUUUUUCGCAUCGAUGAAGUGAAGGCGAAAGUGGAAGAAGUUAUAUCACGAAGCCGAGAAAAUGCAAGUAAACGGAACGAACUUCGCAUCAUAAUUGCUGGUUUUACAUCGUAAUGUGAAGAUACGAUCUGUUUUGCUACUAGUACAGUUUAAUACUGCUUAAUUAUUGCAUAUAUAUCGCCUGAUUCUUUGAGAGUAUUUAGCUUAAAAAGCUGUUUAUCUGACGUUUGGUGAACUGCUGCAGUUAAAUUACGCGGCAUCCCUCAUCGCGUGUUACCCAAUGGACAAAAACAAAGUCAAGACGCGGUCGAGGGGGAGCGCGCAUCGACCUGACGCGAUAUCGUCGACAUCGACAUCAUUUCGUGGUAAAAACACUGCUUCCAUACUCCUGUGCUUCGCCUGCGGCGCCUGCUUCGUACUGAGUUUAAUCUGCAUCUGCUUAGCGACAUUGGUCGUUCUGCUGAACCAGGCUGUUGAGGCGACGAGUUAUCAAUUCGAUUCAAGCAAGCAUACAGCAAUGACCGAUAACGAAAGCUUUAGAUUACCAAAAGAAGUCAAGCCUAUACAUUAUGAUCUCUUGUUGCAUCCAAUACUUAAAGAGGACACAUUUUCUGGAAAAGUGACUAUCCUUAUUGAUGUCCUUGAUGAUAGAAGAACCAUAGCUCUUCAUCAGAAGGGCCUUAAUAUUACAUCUGCAAAAUUGAUAACUUAUGGUCUAGAAGAAGACUAUGAAAUUAAAAUCUCUUCCAUUAGCGAUCCCACAAAAUAUGAAAUUUUUGUGAUAUCAACUGAAAAUGAAUUUAAAUCAGGAUUGUAUAACUUGAGCUUAGAAUUUGAUGGAAGUCUUAAAAAUAAAAUAGUUGGAUUCUAUUCCAGCAAGUAUCAAUAUUAUGACGAAGAAACACUCUGGAAAAUAGAAACUAUGAGUCGACGAGAAAGGCGACCAGAAAAACAAAUCGGUUAUAUUGCUACUACAAAAUUUGAGCCAACUUAUGCUAGACAAGCUUUCCCAUGUUUUGAUGAACCUAAUUUUAAGGCAGAAUUUUCAAUAAAAUUGGUUUGUCCUAUGGAAAAUUCUUAUGGGUCUUUAUCUAAUAUGAAUAUAGAGAGUGUGGAUCUACAUAAGCCAGAAAAGGAUUUAAAGACAACAACCUUUGCUCAAACUGUACCCAUGUCAACAUAUUUAGCUUGUUUUAUUGUCAGUGAUAUGGUUAAAUCGACAAUGAUGGCAAAAGGAUUAAAUGGUCGAGAAUUUCCAGUUAGUGUUUAUAGCACAAAACUUCAAGCAAAGGAAAAGAGACAAUUUCCUCUGCAUAUUGGUGUAAAAGCGAUAGAAUAUUAUAUAAAGUUAUUUGAAAUAGAUUACCCAUUACCAAAACUUGAUAUGGUUGCUAUCCCUGAUUUUACAUCCGGAGCUAUGGAAAACUGGGGUUUAGUAACUUACAGAGAAGCAAAACUUCUUUAUGAUGAUAAUAAUAAUUCCAUUCUUGAUAAACAUGAUGUUGUUAAUGUAAUCUGUCAUGAAUUGGCUCAUAUGUGGUUUGGAAAUCUUGUUACCUUAUCCUGGUGGAAUGAUUUAUGGCUUAAUGAAGGUUUUGCUACAUUUAUGUCAUAUAAGAGUGCAAAUGAGAUUUUACCAAAUCAGAAAUAUAUGGAGAAAUUUAUUAUAAAUAUAAUGCAUAAAGCGAUGACCUUAGAUGCAAAAUUGAGCUCUCAUCCUUUAAUUCAAAAUGUUGAAAGUCCAGACGAGAUAACAUCAAUUUUUGAUGAAAUUUCUUAUAAAAAAGGAGCAGCUAUAAUUCGCAUGAUGGAGAACUUUAUUGGACCUGAUGUUUUUUAUAAUGCUAUUAGUACAUAUUUGAAUAAAUAUGCCUAUCUAAAUGCGGAAACGGCAGAUCUCUUUAACAUUCUGCAAGACGCGGUUGGAAACAAAUUGAACAUAACAGCUAUAAUGGAUUCUUGGAUGCGACAAGAAAGCUACCCUAUUAUUAUUGUCAAAAAAAUCAAUAAUAAAUUUAUAUUAUAUCAAAAACGAUUUUUAGUGCGUCCAAAUAUUCGCUCUAAUUAUGAUCCGCCUGAAGAUAAUCCGCCUAAAGAUAAUCUGCCUAAAGAUAAUCCGUCUGAUAAUGAUUUGCCUGAUGAUGAUCCGCCUAAUGAUGAUUCAUAUUGUUGGACUGUGCCUAUCACUUACAUCACAAACAGAAUGGCUCAACCCACUCUUAUAUGGUUUAAUAAGGAUGUGCAGACAGUCGAGAUCAAUGUUGAUGAACAUACCAAAUGGAUAAAACUUAAUGUGAAUCAAGUUGGUUAUUAUCGAGUUAAUUAUGGAGAUGAAUGGAAAACACUUAAAAAUCUGCUUCGAUUUCACCAUACAAGAUUGUCGAUAGCAGACCGAGCAAAUAUUUUGGAUGAUCUUUAUAGCUUAGCAACAGCUAACAGCAAAUAUAUUGCUAACGCGUUGACCAUAACUUGGUAUUUGCUUUCCCAAGAAUAUCAUGCUAUUCCAUGGGCAAUUGCAACUUCGCAUAUAUUAUCAAUAUAUAUCUUGUCUAGAUCUUCUGAUACGGAAACUAAAUAUAAUUUGCAGAUUUUUGGGCUAAAACUGCUCGAUAAUAUUUACAAGGAUGUGACUUGGACCGUCAAAGAUACCGUAGAAGAUGCCGGGCCGUUCUCAAUUGAUAAGGAAGUACGUACAACAGUACUCGAUUUUGCAUGUGCCUUGGAGCACAAAGAAUGCCUGAAAGAAGCUGGACGCAUAUUUAUGGAUUGGCUUACUUUAAGGAAAAUUCCACAUCCUGACAUUCGCGAAUUGGUUUAUUAUUAUGGUAUGCGCUAUGUUUCGAGAGAAGAUGAGUGGUAUGUGAUGUUUCAAUAUUUCAAAGACGAGACCGAUCCUAUUGAGAAAAAUAAAAUAAUGAAAGGAUUAGCAGGCGUAAAAAGUAUUGAAAUCUUAAAAGAAUAUAUCAACUUAGCUUCUAAUGAGGAAAAUGUUCGUACUCAAGAUUUCUUGAGUUGUUUAAUUAUGAUUUCCGAAAAUCCUGAUGGUACAUCAUUAGUAUGGGAUUGGGUGCGCGAAAAAUGGGAAUGGCUAGUGAACAGAUACACAUUGAAUGAUCGAUAUCUCGGUCAACUUAUUCCAGCUAUUACAAAAUCUUUUGUCACAAGUACCAAAUUGAAUGAGAUGGAGGAUUUCUUUAAACAAUAUCCUGAAGCCGGGGCCGGUGCGAGCAGUCGCACCAAAGCUCUCGACACAGUCUCAUGGAAUAUUAAGUGGCUUUCUAAAAUUUCCCCGGCAAUCACUAAAUGGUAUGAUGAUGCUAUGACUAAAGGAAAAUUAUUUUUAUGAAUAUGUAAAUAAAAGCACUAAAAGAAUAUCUCAAUAUGCGAGAUAAUAUUUUGAAAGAAGAAAUAUUUGAAGUUUAGUAUUAUCGUGCGUAUGAACUUUUUUCGAUUAUCAUGGUAGUAUGGCUACGUUAAACAAAAACAUCAAUUUACGUUAAGUGCGAAGCUUUUUAUGCAAUAUGUUUAUAUAAAAAUAAAAACUGUACUCAAAAAUAUACAUACAACUUUCUAUAAACAUUUUACUUUCUUUAAACAUAA